AUGAUGAUGGAGAAAAUUCGAGAGUAUUUACAAUUAGACGUUGACGACGAUGAAGCGCCGCGAGUAGAGGGAUUAGUGAGAGGAAGAAGCUUCUACGAGGAUUUCAGCCUCAGAGGAAUCCGAGUAAACCGAGUCGACCCGGGUUUCAUCUCCUGCACUUUCAAAGUUCCUCUUCGUCUGACGGACAGAGAAGGGAAACUAGCAAAUGGAGCGAUUGCAAAUCUCGUUGAUGAAGUUGGUGGAGCAGUUGUACAUGAAGAAGGUUCAAUGAAUGUUUCAGUUGACAUGUCUAUUGCGAUCCUUUCAAAAGCUAAGCUCGGUGAGGAGUUGGAGAUAACGUCGAGAGUGAUGGGAGUGAAAGGGAAUUACAAAGGAACAAUCGUUGUAGUGAGGAACAAGAUGACCGGAGAGAUUAUAGCAGAAGGUCGACAUUCUUUGUUUGGCAGAAAACCUAGUAAGCUCUGA